UCGAGCGUCACGUCAGUGUCAGUUGUCAGUCGGCACCCGGGGACGGCGCGCGUGCCCAGCGGACAGUGAACAGUGCGCGGAAGAUGGCUUUGCUCAGGAGACUGGCUGUUACCGCGCCGAGGAGCGUGCGCGCCCUCUCUGCGGCCCCUCCGCCCCGUGACGACCUCGACCUUUCCUUCAACAACCCCAAAGAUGCCUUCAAGAGCAAGAAGACCAGCGAGCUCGUCCGCGCCUACCUCGUCUACCAGAUCUGCUCGAUCAACUGGGUGGUCGAGAACAACGACAUGUUGAUGAAGAGGCUUCGCCAGGUGGUAGGGCAGCGGCUGUUCGAGAUGAUAAUGAAGGCAACCUUCUAUGGGCAGUUCGUCGCGGGAGAAGACCAGGACAAGAUCCGACCUACCAUUGACAGACUGCGUUCGUUCGGUGUGAAGUCAAUCCUGGACUACUCAGUGGAGGAGGACCUCUCUCAAGAGGAGGCUGAGAAGAGGGAAGUCAGUGCCCUAAGCAAGUCAGAAGCCGGCCAGGACCCAGAACCUACACCACAAAGUGCAUCGACGUCAUCUUGCGGAGACAACCGCGAGGAGGGUUACCUGAAGCAGUUCCACGUGGAGCAGCGCUUCGCCGACCGCCGGUACAAGGUUACCAGCGCACGCACGUACUUCUACAUCAACGAAGCCGCCUGCGAGAAGAACAUGGAGGCUUUCCUCAGGAGUAUUGAUGCUGUGCACAAUGCUACCAAAAGUACCGGAUUGAUGGCUGUUAAACUGACUGCAUUAGGAAGGCCGCAGUUACUUCUGCAACUGUCAGAAGUGAUCAUGCGCGCGCGCAACUACAUGCAACAAGUCGGCGGCGGCACAGGGAACGUGCUCACUCACCACAAGACCAUCGAGGACUUCCAGCGGUACUUCGGCGAGCACAAGAACAAGCCCGAAGUUCAGGAGUUCAUGAAACAAAUCACUUCUGAUAACAGGGGUAUCGUGCACUUGUUCCCAUGGUCCAAUAUUCUGGACGAGGACAUGAACUUGUCGGACACCUUCCGCGUGCCAGAUCCCAAGUCCGGGCAGAUGAGGAGGCUCAUCUCGCAGAUCUCCAAGCAGGAGGAGGCCCAGUUCAGGAACAUGCUUCGGAGACUGAAUACCGUCAUCCAGGCGGCGAACGAGGUGGAUGUGCGCAUCAUGGUCGACGCGGAGCAGACGUACUUCCAGCCAGCCAUCUCCCGGAUCACUCUCGAGAUGAUGCGCCGGUACAACAAAGACAAGUUCCUAGUGUUCAACACUUACCAGACGUAUCUGAAGAACACAUACAAUGAAAUCGUCACUGAUUUGGAGCAGGCUCAACGGCAAAACUUCUACUGGGCGGCCAAGUGUGUGCGCGGCGCUUACAUUGAGCAGGAGCGCGCCAGGGCCGCGGCUAUGGGCUACGAGGACCCGACCUGCGAGAACAUGGAGGCCACCACCGCCUCCUACCACAAGUGUCUCAAGGAGAUCCUUAGCAGAGUCCGGGGCGAGAUGAAGGGUAAGGUCGGCAUAAUGGUGGCCUCCCACAACGAGGACACGGUCCGGUACGCCAUCCAGCUGAUGAAGGAAUACGACAUCAAGCCUGAAGACAGGGUCGUCUGCUUCGGACAGCUGCUCGGCAUGUGCGACCACGUCACCUUCCCGCUGGGUCAGGCCGGCUACUCGGCAUACAAAUAUGUGCCGUACGGUCCUGUACUUGAGGUGCUGCCUUACUUGUCACGGCGGGCCAACGAGAACCGCGGCUUCCUCGUCAAGAUCAAGAAGGAGAAGGGACUCCUCCUCAAGGAGAUCUUCCGUCGUGUAGCAACCGGACAACUAUUCUACAAACCCGAGGGGAAAUAUACCCCCGUGUAAAUAUACCAUAAGCUACCGUAGUAUGAUUUGCGUUGCGGGCUGCUGAGUCAAUUUCGAUGUAAUGAGUUGACAGUUGUAUCAUUUCGAAGAUCUGAAGACUGGAGGGCGUCGUGGGAAAAGGUCAUGAGUCUUUUCAGGUUUUCACCUUUACAAGUUUCUUAGAAUUUUGGACCGUGAAUGUUUCCAGUUUUCCAAGAACCAACAAUAUCUGGAAUUGAAGACUUAGUUCUCCCAGAAACUACUCCGAACCUAAUCCUGCGAUGUCCGUCAAUGACCCCCGUUGCAAACCUACAUGCGUUCGUUCCAAAAAGUCAGUAUUGUUCUCGUAUAUCUUAGAAAGGUGAAGCUAGUCCUGGGACGGUGGGUCAGGUUUGCAACGCGACCGUGGAGGUCACAUUUGAUGCGUAGACCAACGAGAGAAAUGGUGUUUUACUACCGAAGUCGAGUCCCGUCCAUAAUAUGCGAAUACAAAACUGUAUACAAUCGGAAACUACAGAAAUCGAGGGUUUAUGACCGAGUAGAUAUUACACAGAUUAUUUAUUAUAUGGUUUGGUUAUUGGAUGGUUUAUUUUGUUCUGAGUUUUGGUAGUAAAACAUCAAUGAGUCUCUCAAUUUUGAAUAAAUUCCGGAAAACGUAUUCACUUGUAUAUUAUACCUGUGAUUUUGUACUUCAGGUCAAUAGAUUUGACAACCACGAUCUGGGUGUAGGCUUCUGGUCAGUGUGGGUAAAAGAUGCUGUUUGACUCGCUCUUAUGAAUCUAUAUCAGGGUUUGUAAUGAGCACUAGUUCGUUCACUCACAGACUUAUAAGAACAACAUUAAAGCUCUUUGUCAAACAGCGACUAGCCCCAUAGUGCUGGCCGAAAUAUUAUCGACAGAUUGAUCGAAUGAAAAGCGAUGCUUGUGUCCUCACAAGUAUUAUACAAGAAAAUGUAGAGGUGUAGUUACGAACAGUAUUGGUUUCGCUUCUUUCAGUAUUUGGUGUUGAGUCAUUUGAUUUUCGAAUGCUUUUUUGGAUACUACGGAUAGGGAGAGCCCGGCCGGAAAUAUUUUAAGGGCUUUUCUGGGGUUUGCGCAGUUAUGGUAAUUGUGGCGUCUAUAUUGUAAGUCAUUUUGGGACCCUUUGCCCCUGAUACUACAAUAAUAUUACAGACUUACCUUCGUAUCUGACUCUAUUCACUGUGUCAAAGAUAAAAUGCUCACCUUCUAUUAAUUUCCCUAAGUGCGCAUGCGCCAUAAAAGUGCGCCAACAUGGCCGACUGUGAUACAUCAGUUCGGGCUUUUAAAUAUAAUGAGAAUUGAAACUAAAUGUUACGUAUUUAAUGUUUAAAAUAAGUGUUAUACUUAUUAGUAAAUGAAAAUAAAAUCACACAUUGCUUUAGAGAACUUUUUGGAUUGAUAACUUUGUGAAAGUAUAAGUAGGUUUUCUCUUAUAGGUCUCAUGAAAUUGUCCUUACUCUUUCAUAAUGACCUAUCGGGAAAAAUCUAGUUUUUGAUAGAAUUUAGAACUUAUAAGAAAUCAUAAGUUAGGAAACAAAUUAUGCGAUUUAGGACAAUAUAUUAUUAUUAUUACCUAUUCCGGAAGACUUGUACAACGAUAUGUCAUUUUUUUACAAAACGGUCGACUUUUACAGAAAAACAGAUGAAUGCUGAAUCAAAAACUUAAGUAUAGUUGUAAAGUAAAGAUGCAUAAGGGACGAUUAUGAACCGCAAGUCAAACUUAAGGGUUGUUAAUUUUCUCGUAAGUACGUAAUACUAUAUACCUUAUUAACAGGAACUAGCAUUCAUUCUUAGUUGUAUAUUAUUUAUUGCCGUUAUACUUAAAUAAUGAUGAAUGCAUUUUUCUUUGUGUUCCUAAUUGUGAAAUCUCUUAGGUUAGAUGGUUUUUUAUUGCUAUUUAUUUACUUAUGUUCUAUUCUGUUAUUGUAAAAAUGUUUUUACUUUGUCACAAAUACCUAUUUCUGAAGUGGUCUGUGCUCAAUUCGCUUAUUAAAUUUAAACGGUCUAUGAGACCUUAUGAACUAGACUAUCAUUGAUAUAGUCCCCUACAAUGUAAAAAUGAUAAUUUAAUUUUACAAAUUGAUUAUGCAUUAAUAAUUUAUUUUACGUAGAAUUUUCGAUAUAUCGCAUUUUGUCUACAGUUCCUAUUUAUUUAAUGAAUUAAUAAAAUUAACGUCCUAUUUUACCUCAAGAUUAAAAUAGAAUGUAAACAUGAAUUGUUUAGUUGAAUUAGGCGCCAUCAUUGUUUUAUUUUUAUUUUAGAUGCAUUUUCUUUUUAAUUAAAUUAUUAUUUUGAAUUUAUUUGUAAGCGAAUUUCGUUUGUUUAUCGUCGCUAAUUAUUGUGAUGUUAUUUUUAGAUUAUUUUAUGUAUAGACAUUUAAUAAAGACAAGAUCGUUUUUA